AUUCGCCCAUCCCCGCAUCAGACUGCAACCCCGCCGCGCCAGUCGAUCUCCGCCGGUUCCAUCGUCAAUGGCCAGCCAUUCACCGAUCGUCUUGCAAUAAACUCCCCCGGCGUUAAGUCGACUUGCUCGCAUUAAUUUACCCGAGGUGGGCCCAUGAUGACGAUACUCCUUCACGGGAAAUAACCGAUGGGACGGAUGAUGGACGUAUGAGUUUCAGGAGGCCGAUUCAGUGGCUACAAUGGUUGAAAUAGUGGUCAUGAAGACCGUUGUGAAAAUUCUUUCCCCAGAUUAUCGACAGAAUCGACGUUGCAACAUAAUUGAAACCUAACCAUGGCUGGCCUCAGACUGAAUGCUCCCAGCGUUCCCGCUCUUCUACUUGUGGCUGGAAGUGUUGUCAAUGGCCUCAGUUUUGAAAUUCCGUCAUCAGCUCCAGCAAACUCUAGUGGUCAACUGGAUGCCGCUCCUGUCGGCAUCUCCUUCGAGUUUUUCGCCUUUCCAGAGUAUUUCCAACAGCUGCCAUUGACGAAUUCUUGCUUGGGACAACUGCACGAGGCAAUGGGAGCGUAUUCUCCGAUCCGAAUUGGAGGGACAACACAGGAUCGUGCUACAUACAAUGCCUCUCUAUCGUCAGCAGUGUCGUACAGCGUUGACUCACCCGAUGAUGCACCGGAAACUCUGACGUUCGGAGACUCUUUCAUGGACAUAGCCGCUGCCUACGAGGGGACGGUAACAGUGGGACUUAACAGGCGAUUGGACAAUCUCAGCAAUACCAUCGCCGCGGCGAAGAUUGCCAAAUCUAAAAUCGCUAAUCUGUACGCGAUUGAGCUUGGCAAUGAGCCAAACUUCUUCACAUCAAGCGAUCCAAUUGCGGACGGUGAGACAUGGACGGCCGCAGCUGAUGCGGCAUCGCAGGUCUCGUGGCAAGCAUCUGUAAGCGAUGCCUUGGAUGAGAAGUCUUUCGCCCAAGCUGGGGUCUUCUUCGGUUUGGGUUCAUUCAGCGUCACCAAUCUUGCAGAGAAAGAGGAAGAUACUGAUUCAACUCAAUACGUGCGGUCUUUCUGCCAUCAUUACUAUCCACAGUCGGCUUCUACGGCAGAUCUUGACGAAUUGAUGAGCCACACGGAGAUAGUGGAUGGGGUAACAGAGUUUCAAGCCCAGGUAGUAGCGGCACAGAAUCUCAGCAAAGACUUUGUCUUUGGGGAAACCAAUUCAGCUACUGGGGGAGGUGGCGGGAUUAGCCCUACUUUCGGUGCCGGGCUUUGGAUUCUCGACUAUGUCAUGCAGGCCACCAUUCUAGGGGUUAAACAAUUGUUCUUUCACCAAGGAACCAUCGGUAAUUGCCCAUACUGCUGGUGGGAUGAGUCGGUAAAUGCACCAUUCUACGGUGCCUAUACGGCUGCACUUGCACUCUCCGGUGCCUCCAAAAUCGCGGAGCUUGACACUGCAGAUACCCGAUUCGCUGCAUAUGUCUUCUACGACAGCAGUGACGAGCCUAUCCGUGUGUUGUUGUACAAUUCCGAGUAUUACGCCUCAGGGACACGAAGCAGUGUGAAUGUCACUCUAAGCGGCAUUCCAUCAACGUCCACAUCUGUGUCUGCUGUGCGAUUGACUGGAGAUGCCGCGACAACGAUUGUCGGGGAGGGGGCGAUUACCGUCGCGGGCCAGACCUUUGCGAACGGGACAUGUGAGUUGCAGGGGACGAAGAACAUGGAGACGACCGAUGAAACCGCCGGGGAAGCAACAUUCACGGUGCAGGCAUCUGAAGCGUUGCUUAUUUACCUAUAACUUCAACACCGAAGCUAUGUAGACAGAGUCAAAUCAGAUGAGAUUCAUCCCAGACGGGAACAAAGAAAG